AUGGCUACAACCGCUGCAAGCUCAACUUCGUUUUUGUCAAGUAAACUGCCCGCUAUUCCAGCCGCUGCCGAGCCAUAUAUUAUUACGUCGACUGUCUUUGGACUUGUUACAGCAAUGGGCUUUUUUUACAGGAGACGACUUCGACGAAUUCCUUCGUCCGCUUAUUUGACACCGAAUACGCUGCAAGGAAAGAGGAUCCUCAAGGGAAAGGUUACCAGUGUUGGAGACUCGGAUAAUUUCAGGUUCUAUCAUACUCCAGGAGGAGUCUGGGCUGGUUGGGGAUGGUUGAGACAUGUGCCCAAGAAUAGUAAAGAGCUGAAGAACCAGACACUUCAUAUCCGUAUCGCUGGUGUCGAUGCACCCGAGGGAGCGCACUUCGGCAUGCCAGCUCAGCCGUUCUCACAUGAAUCACUGGAAUGGCUUCGGAAGGAGUUGUUGGGCAAGACAGUGGUUGUGAAACCCUUUAGCAAGGACCGAUACGAACGUGUUGUCUCAAUGGCAUGGUAUCCACGAUUGUUGCCGUUCCUGCCAAAGAAGAAUGUGAGCGUGGAAAUGCUGAAGGUUGGGUAUGGACAGAUUUAUCGUCAGGCAGGGUCAGAGUAUGGCGGGAUGCUGCAGGAAUUCGAGAAGGUCGAAGCCAAUGCAAAGUAA